UGUGAUUGGCCGGCGGGCAGACGUGGGCGGGGCUUACCUCCUCACAACAAAUGAUGUCAUAAAAUCCAUAGGGUAAAAAUAAACGUAAAAAAAAAGCUACAAAAAAGAAAUAAAAAUCUGCUGCCUUGAUGAAGCGAAUUUGAAGGCGAUAUUGAAGGAAUACAGGGCUGGAGAAGGUGCUAGGAGGGUGUAUGUGUGUUGUGGGAGGGGCCCUUGUGAGUCUGUGCGAGUUUUUCUAUGAUUUUUUCACAUGUCUGGAGACGCCAAGUACAUCAGUCUCUACUACAGCCUUGUUCACCAGGGAGCAUCUGAUUUCUACAAGGAAAUCAUCAAAGGCCCUGGUGCAAACAUGAGCUACCUGCCUCCUUGGGCACCAACUUCAGGAGGGGGUCACUAUCCUCCUCACAUGCUCUCUCCACAUGCCAACUCUCCACAUUCUCCACAGACUUCACAUAGUACAACUCAGCCAAACAGCUCUGGAUCAGUUUAUCAGAAUCUCUCUCCAGUUGUAAAAAGUGUUGCUCCUGCAUGUGUUUCUGUGACGCAAUCCAACAAUGCACCCAAGUCGUCUACAGUCCCCUCCAGUGGUUCUGCAUCAUCUCCGACAUCAGCACCGCCUUCUGUUCCACCAUCUGCAUCAUCACUUUCUAUUGGUGAUCAUUACGAGCCCCAGGGCUUUCAGAGGCCAAAUACACCUCCAUUGAAACGCCCUGACUUAAUAGAAAAUCUUAAAACUGAAAAUACUAUGAGUGAUCAUCCACCUUCUGAAAUGUUACUUGCUCUAGCGGGCCCCAGCUCUCUGGACCUCAAAUCACCUAGAAAGUAUGUUAGAAGAUCGCCAGGAAAGUAUCCAACACCAGAGCAACUACCUAGCCCAGUUAUGUUUUCGUACCAAGGCAGAGGAAGACCACGUAAAAAUUGGACUCACGCGACGGGAUUGCCAACAAUGAUUCCUGUUACUCAUCCACCAAUGCAUUCAGGGUCUGCAGAUGAUCAAGAUGAUGAAGAAAAUAAACCAUUUAAGUGUAAUAUUUGUGGCAAGGGGUUCAAACUUAAAGGAGGUCUAAUGCAACACGAAAGAACACACAGCACUGAUCGGCCUUAUGUUUGUCCAGAUUGUGGCAAACUUUUCCGGCAACCAACUCACUUGCAGCAACACAUUCGAAUUCACACAGGAGACAAACCUUAUGACUGUGCAUUUUGUGACAAAUCAUUUAGACAGAGAACAAUACUGAACCAGCAUCUGAGGAUUCAUACUGGAGAGAAACCGUAUGUUUGUAUGGAGUGUGGAAAACAGUUUCGACAGAAAGCAAUCCUUGAUCAACAUUUCAGAACACAUUUGGGUGAGAAACCAUAUGCCUGUCCGCACCCAUCGUGUAGAAAACAUUUUAGAGAGAUGGCAUCCCUGAUUUCUCACAUGCAGUGCCAUAAGGAUGUGACUGAUCCUAGAGCCGUUCUUCAGCAAGCUAAGAGGUUAAUCAAAGAAGAACAAAAUGAUGAUGUAAAAUUAGAAAAUCCAGUUCAUGCACGAGAGCAUGUGGAAGCGCCUGACAGGAGAUUAGGGCAAGAAAGGGUACCUCAGGAUAGAGAAUUAGGGCCAGAUAGAGUACUGGGACAAGAAGGAAUGGAACAAAGCAGAAUAGGUCAGGAGAGAGGGAUGGGACAAGAUGCAAUAAGUCAGGAUAGAUCCCAAGGACAUGACCAUAGAGAAAAUGUAAGCAGUAACUCAGAACAAGGUGGGUAUCAGGGUAAUGGGGAGCAAGUUCGGCACGAUCACCGCCCGUUCCCUCCCCAAAGUGCGUCUAAUAAUAGUUCAGCUCAUAAGUCGCCUCAUUCUCUGCCACAUUCAAAUACAGACCAACAAAAUGAAAAUUCUUCAACCCCAUCACAUUCACAACCUCCUCCAAUUUCUCCUAACAUGAUGCCAACCCCACAGAUGGCUAUGGCUAACUUAAUUCCAUACCCUCACUCAAUUUUUCCAGCAGCAUCUUAUAUGAUGCCUCCACCUGAUCCAAGACAAUACCACCCACAAAAUCAAGGACAGCAUCCUUCACGGCCAAAUCAAUGACUUUUUAACAAUGAUUUUAAAACUUAAAGCCUCAGUCAUGCAAGUUUGUUGUAAUGAAAAUUCUUUAUUUCAGAAAAUUCUAAUUCCAGAUUAUGUUUGAAGACAAGGGCACAAGUUGCAAAACAAGUUAUUAUUAGGAUAGUGUUUUGUUCUGUGUAGCUUAUCAAGCUCUACACAGUAAAACAUUGUCCCAAUUAAAGCCUGUUCUGAAUAUUGUCUUUGUCUUCGUACUUACCAGCAAUAUGCCAUCUCACUCAGAUAAUGUUACUGUAAAGUUAGAACUAUGCAAUUAACCUGGAAAUUUAUGGAGAAAUUUUAUCAUGGAAACUUUUUGACCCAAAAUUUAUGAAUACUACCCAUAAACGGAUGAGAAUUACUAGUGUCUUAGUUACUCUGUAUGUCUCUACUUGGAACUGAAAUUAAUGCUAAGUGAAUACAUCAGCAAGAUCAGUCUGGACAAUAAAAUAACCGUGAUGUGUCAAUUUUAAAAUGUAACAAUGUUCCUGGUUAACUAGGUCAAUGAUUUAGGGAGAUUGAUCUGAUGUUAUAUGAAAAAUAUUUUAAAUCAUAUUGUUAUUGUUUAACGGACAACUUUUGUUUUAUUUAAUAUUUAUUUGUGUAUUGUAUAUAUUUUUAAAAGAUAUUGUCACCUAGCACUAGCAUUAAUUUAAUUUGUGUAUUCUGUUAGGCUGCAUUUAAAUUAAGAGCAGAAGUUCCUAGGAAUCAGCAUCAUUUGGAAACAGCAUAUUGAAAUAUGUAAUAUCAAGCAUAGAUUAACAUCUAAGCAUUAAAUGAGUCAUUAGUUAGGGGUGCUGUGUCUAGUUAUUUAGAUUUUAAGAUUUUUUCCACCAUGGUAGACUUUGUUGAGAUUUAAAAUUUUGUUAAAAAAUAAUUAAGUCGUGCAUAAAAUGUAAUAAAAAUAUAGUGUAUGUAGAUUUACAGUCUUUCUUACAUGACAGUAACAACAAAAUAUACAAUGUAUCUGCCAAAUCUUUUACAAAUCACAUUUUUCACAUGAGAAAAAUGUUUGUAUUAAAAGGAAAUUGUUCACUUAUGUGCCCGGUGCAUAGGUUUGAACACAGAGAAAGUAACAGACUGCAUGCUCACUCUGUAUUUUGUAUAUGAAUAAUGGUCACAACAUAAAGCAGUAGUAAUAGUGGCAUUGUAAUAAAACUCAAUGUUUAAAUAUUUUCAGUAUCAAAGAUUUGACUUAGGGAUGUACAGUGGUUUAUGAGUUACAUUAUGCAGUGUCUCUUUCUUUGUGUUUAACCCUUAAUUUUAUACAUGUCAUUGAAAGGGUAUGGUUGCUUAAAUGGGCAUUAAUAUUGAUGUAUACUUUGUUUCAGUGAGCAUGCCAUGGCCAAGCAGAUCUUUGUAGCAUAUUGCAAUACAAAAUGUCUUCUAGUUUUAUAGAUGCAACCAUAGUCUGUUUCACAAGUUUUUUUUAUAAAUUUUUAUAUGACGAGUUUUAGUUAUAAAUGUUCAGUUGACCUUGACUAUCAAAGAUUCCAAAUAUUUAAAUUUUAUAUUAUAUAUCAUUAUGGAGAUCAUUUUCCAUAUGGUUAAAUUAUCAAACAACAUAAACAAAUUGUUGUCAUAUGUAUUAUUUUCAAUUAUCCAUUACAGCAAGACAGGAAGCACGCUUUGAAAUAGGAAAUGAAUGUUUUUCCAUACUCGAUUAACUAAAUUUCUCAGGUCUUAAAUGUAAAGUGCAAUACUUUGAUAAAUUAAAUAUUUUGGGUUAACUUGUUUGAGUAAAUGAGUGAGUUUAUGGUGUAGAAAGAAAUCAAAUGGUGAAUACUGUGGUUAAAAAUACAUGUAUAUUCUCAGUUUACCUGAAGCAAAUACUUUUUUUAGGUAUUGAAACAUUGCUUAUCCAAUUCUGGUUGCCUGUAACACCUGAUGCAGUGAGUAAUUAUGUGAGGUUGUGAGUAAUUCACAAACUCAUACAACACAUUUUACAGUUACUUAAUGCGAACUCAUAAACAAAUAUUGUUAAAUAAAGACACUUGGCUCCUGUCCAAAUACA